CAAGGCGUAAACAAUCAUGGCGGACACAGAAGAAGAAGAAACCCCAGUGUAUUUUGCUAUUAGUAAUAUUCCGACAGCAUUUCGCUCCGCGGACCUCAGAAAUUACUAUAGUCAGUUCAUAGAAAGCGGGGGGUUUAAGUGUUUUCAUUAUCGCCAUCGACCGGAGCUUCUCAGAGAGCCUCAAGACCCCGAUAAAACACCGAGUGAUGACACAGAGGAGGGCUGUUCUAAGUCCUUUGAGGACAGACCGAGGAACAGUUCCGAGUCCAAACCAACGGCCAGGUCGUGCUGUUGUAUCGUGUCCGUUCAUGCUAAUGAAGCUGACAGGUUUGUCCGGAUGUACGCGGGGAAUCACUGGAUUGACUCGAAGGGAAACUGGCUGGCCCGCCGUUGUGUUAUCAAAAGAAUAAAAGUUUCACAAGACAAAGAUGAUGGCUCAUUCCCAUACAAGACGAAAGCUGAGCAGCGGCACCAUGUGUCUUUAACAGAACGUUUCACAGAGACUGACCUCAAAAGCUUAUCUGAGCUGAAUCCACCUGCUCUGAUGCAGAAUGGAAAUGUAGGCACACCAGUUAAAGUGUUCCUGCAGCUUAUCCAGUCAUGCCGCUUACCUCCGCGACUCAUCCGGAAGUUGGGUUUAACUUUUCCGAAGACCAGCUCCAACCGCCGCUACGGCAAUGUGCCUUUCCAGUACCAGAACACUUGUACACUUCCAGCCACAGAAGAAACUAUAUUAACCGCUGCAGGGCAUGAAAUAUCAGGGCCAGGGAAAGUGGCAGCUCGAUCCUUGCGUCCAAAACAGCCAAGUGACCACACAGAAACAACAGAGAUUGAGGAAAAAGAGGAGAAGGAAGAGGAUGCUCAGUCAGAUGCUGAUGAUGAUGAUGACUGCUGUGAGGAGUGGGAGCGCCAUGAGGCUUUACAUGAGGAUGUUACAAGCCAGGAACGGAGCAAAGAGAGGUUGUUUGAAGAAGAGAUCGAGUUAAAGUGGGAGAAGGGGGGCUCAGGUUUGGUUUUCUAUACAGACGCCCAGUACUGGCAAGAGGAAGAAGGAGAUUUCGAUGAACAAACGGCAGAUGACUGGGAUGUUGACAUGAGCGUUUACUAUGAUAAAGAUGGAGGUGACAUGGAUGCUCGUGAUUAUGUUCGAAUGCGAUAUGAGAAGAGGCUAAGGGAGGGUCUCCAAGACAGAUCAGGACAGUGUCAAACCAUAGGCAGCUUUGAGCGGUUUACUAAGGGUGUUGGACGCCGUGUGAUGGAGAAGCAGGGCUGGAAGGACGGUGAAGGGUUAGGGGGCAGUCAAACUGGGAUCCCAGAAGCCUUGGAGAACGAGGGCCAACAUCCAAAAUGCAAAAGAGGCUUUGGGUAUCAUGGUGAGAAACUGGUCUUGCAUCCUGUGAAAAAGGCCAGAACAGAUUUUACAAUAUCGACAGUAUAUGAUAAACCCAAAGACAUCGAUGGAGGAGACACAUUGUUGAGGCGACAACCCAACACCAGUAUGAAAUACCGAGGCUGGCAGCCAGGGGGCAGCAUUGGACCGUACAGAUGACCUCAGAUAUACAGUAUUAUUUGUAAUGUACUUUUUUAAAUUAAUGAUUUGUCACAUUCUGCCAUUAAAACAUUUUUAGAAAACCCA